CGGGAAUUUAUCUGUCAUGGCGCCGGAAUGAUACUCAGAGGCCUCGGCUGCUGUUUUUUCCCUUCUCGGGGCUGAUUUUGGCGUCCCUGAGUGACCGGUUCCAGAGACCCCAGACAUUCUGCCUCCUAGAAAGAGCUCGAAGGUCGAGCAGCUCUUCCCCAAAGUAUGAGCCCCCCGGAAUCGCUUGAUGAUGAAAACACAUUUAAGAUCUUAGUCGCAACUGAUAUUCACUUGGGAUUUAUGGAGAAAGAUGCAGUCAGAGGAAAAGAUACGUUUGUAACAUUUGAUGAAAUUUUAAAACUUGCUCAGGACCAUGAAGUGGAUUUGAUUUUGUUGGGUGGUGAUCUUUUCCAUGAAAAUAAGCCCUCAAGAAAAACAUUGCACACGUGCCUAGAGUUACUGAGAAAAUACUGCAUGGGUGACCGCCCAGUCCAGUUUGAAAUUAUCAGUGACCAGUCAGUGAACUUUGGCUUUAGUAAGUUUCCAUGGGUGAACUACCAGGACGGCAACCUCAACAUUUCGAUCCCCGUGUUCAGUAUUCAUGGCAACCAUGAUGAUCCCACGGGGGCAGAUGCACUCUGCGCCCUGGAUAUAUUAAGUUGUGCUGGAUUUGUCAACCACUUUGGACGUUCAAUGUCUGUGGAGAAGAUAGACAUUAGUCCUGUGUUACUUCAAAAAGGAAGCACAAAAAUUGCUCUUUAUGGUCUAGGGUCUAUUCCUGAUGAAAGGCUCUAUCGAAUGUUUCUGAAUAAAAAUGUGACAAUGUUGAGACCAAAGGAAGAUGAGAACUCUUGGUUCAACUUAUUCAUCAUUCAUCAGAACAGGAGUAAACAUGGAAAUACUAACUUCAUUCCAGAACAAUUCUUGGAUGACUUCAUUGAUCUCGUUAUCUGGGGCCACGAGCAUGAGUGUAAAAUAGCUCCGACCAAAAACGAGCAGCAGAUGUUUUAUGUAUCACAACCUGGAAGUUCUGUGGUCACUUCUCUUUCUCCAGGAGAGGCUGUAAAGAAACAUGUGGGUCUGCUGCGCAUCAAAGGCAGGAAGAUGAACAUGCAGAAAAUCCCUCUUCGCACAGUGCGGCAGUUUUUCAUGGAGGAUGUUGUUCUGGCUGACCAUCCGGACAUCUUUAAUCCUGAUAACCCUCGAGUGACCCAAGCCAUUCAGAGCUUCUGUUUCGAGAAGAUUGAAGAAAUGCUGGAAAAUGCUGAGCGGGAACGUCUGGGCAAUCCUCAACAGCCAGAGAAGCCUCUUCUGCGUCUGCGGGUGGACUAUAGCGGAGGUUUUGAGCCUUUCAGUGUCCUUCGUUUUAGCCAGAAAUUUGUGGAUCGAGUAGCUAACCCGAAAGAUAUUGUCCAUUUUUUCAGGCAUAAAGAACAGAAGGAAAAGAUGGGAGAAGAAAUCAAUCUGGGAAAGUUCAUCACUAAACCUUCCGAAGGAACAACUCUUAGAGUCGAAGACCUUGUGAAACAGUAUUUUCAGACUGCGGAGAAGAAUGUGCAGCUCUCGCUGCUGACAGAAAGGGGAAUGGGUGAAGCUGUGCAGGAGUUUGUGGACAAGGAAGAAAAAGAUGCUAUAGAGGAAUUAGUGAAAUACCAAUUGGAAAAAACGCAGCGAUUUCUUAAAGAACGUCAUAUUGAUGCCCUUGAAGAUAAAAUUGACGAAGAGGUCCGUCGUUUCAGAGAAAGCAGACAAAAAAAUUCUGAUGAAGAAGAUGACGAAGUUCGAGAGGCCAUGACGAGAGCCAGAGCACUCCGGUCCCAGUCAGAGGAUCAUGAUUCUGCCUUCACUGCCGAGGACCUCCUGAGUCUAGACCUGGCUGAGCAGAUGGCUGAUGACUCUGACAAUGAUGUGCCAGGAGCAGGGACCCGAGGCCGGGGACGGGGUCGGAGAGGAGGAAGAGCGCAGAACUCCUCAACUAGAGGAGGGUCCCAGAGAGGCAGACGGGCAGGGACUGGUCUGGAGACUUCCAGUCGAAACAGAGGUUCAAAGACUACAGUAUCAACCUCCAGGAAUAUGUCUAUCAUAGAUGCCUUUAGGUCUACAAGACAACAACCCUCCCGAAAUGUUGCCUCUAAGAAUUAUUCAGAGGUUAUUGAAGAAGAUGAGUCAGAUGAGGAAGAUAUUUUUCCUACCACUUCAAAAACAGAUCAGAGGUGGUCCAGUUCCUCUGCCUCAUACAAGCGCAGUUCUCAGAGUCUAACAGCAAAAGGGGUGGACUUUGAGUCAGAUGAGGAUGAUGACGACGACCCUUUUAUGAACAAUAGUUCUUUAAGAAGCAGAAAACGAUAUACUAAAUAACACUUUGAAGUUUUGAAGAUUCAGGAAAAAUCAGAGUGCUGCAAGCUGGAUUGACAGUUGGAGGUUCUAAAAAGUAUUGAUGUUAACUGAAGAAUUGGAAAGAGACCAGUUUACCAGAGAAACUAAUGUUAUAAGAAUUUUUAUUUUAAAAUACCUUUUUCUGAAAAUGACUUAUUUGAGAGACUUCACAAGUUCACAUACAUGUUGAACAGCAUUCAUGCCCAUAAAAAUAUAGAAUGCUAUUUUCCUGA